AUGGAGUCUUUCCCCAGCGACGAAGACCGGGAAGCGCCCAUGGACACCCAUCCCGAAGCUAGCCAGCAAGGAAAGGGGAAGGGGAAGGGGAAGGUGAAGGGGAUGAAGGGAGACAACGCACCUUCACCCGGGUUGCUCGUGUCGGAGGCCUCCCGAGCCCGUCGGAGGCCUCCCGAGCCGGGGAUGGCUGCGCCGUGCCGCCGCGCUGGGGCUUUCUGGUCUCGGGAGGGGCAGAGAGGCGGCGGCAGCCGCGAUGGGGAGGGUCGGCGGCGGCGAUGGGGAGCACCGGCGCUGGAGAGAGGCGGAGGUGAAAACUCGGGGGAGGAGCGGAGGCGUCGAGGGAAGCCGCGCCUGCGCCGACGCCUCGAGAGGAAGAGAGGGAGAGCGGAUGGAGACAGGAGGGAGCGAGAUACGGAUAGAUAUUUCUAG